UCUCCCUCCGCUUCCCAGGCAACGAAGAAACUCAAGUUGCUUUCUGACUUCAGCUCCACCUCGCCCUUCCCCAACUUCACCGCCCCUUCCACAGAAGACGUGAAUGCCAUAUAUGAUCUUCUAGCCUCCACGUUUCCCAACGGUGCCGCUCCAAAGCACCGCAAACCCCUAGACUCGGCCAACUCCGGCGCGACGUGCGGCGCGACGCCCAACGUGCUCGACUCGCUCAUCGGCACUAUCCUCUCGCAGAACACGUCUAACGCCAACAGCUCCUCCGCUAAGAAUUCUCUCGAUGCCGCCUUCGGCCGUGGCGAAAAAGCGUUUGCCAAGAUGGCAACUGCCCCCGCUGCAGACGUCGUCGAAGCCAUCAAGCACGGCGGACUAGCAAACCGCAAAGCGCGCAUCAUCCAGAACCUCCUCGUCUCCGUCAAAGAAGCCCAUCCGGAAGGCCGGUACGACCUCCAACAUCUGCUAGCCGGAGACGUGUCCGACGAGGAAGUCAUGCGCUCCCUGGUGCAGUACAACGGAGUCGGCCCGAAGACCGCCGCGUGCGUGCUCGCGUUCUGCAUGGGCCGCGACGCGUUCGCCGUCGACACGCACGUCUUUCGGAUCACGCGUAUGCUUGGCUGGGUGCCCCGCCAUGCAGACCGUGUCAGCACGCAGGCGCACCUCGAGCUGCGCGUCCCGCCGGAGCUCAAGUAUGGCCUGCACGUCAUGUUCGUGAAGCAUGGCCGGGCCUGUAAAGGAUGCAAGAACGGGAGUAGGGGCGAGUGUCCGCUGAAGACGUGGAUGAAGGAGAAGGGCAUCAAGGUGGAGGAGGUGGAAGAG